UUGGCACAACUGAUUCAAGGAGAGAGAUGCAGAGGUAUUAGUCUCAACAAAAUUUAUUCCAAGCUUCUUCUAUAAUGUUUUCAUCUGAAAACACCCCUCUUAAAGCUAAAGAUCAGUCUACAAUUGCUCUAGAUCCUUAUAGAUGGAUCAUCCUUCUAAUUUUCGCGACAUAUUGUUGCGUGAAUUUUUUUCUCAUCUUCCAAUUUACCAUCAUAGCCAAUAUAACUGAGAGGUACUAUAAUGUUGGCAGCGUAACCUGUGAUGCCACAGGUCUAGUAUUUAUGUUCUCUUAUAUCGUUUUCGCCAUUCCUGUUGGACGAUUUAUAGAGCAGCACGAUUUGAAGGUGGUCUCCAUAGUGAGUACAGGUCUGACAGCCGCUGGUAAUCUCCUCAAGUUCCUGGCCUUAUCACCAGAUAGGUUUUACAUUAUCCUGAUCUCCCAAUGUAUAUGUGGGGUAGCUCAGGUCUUCAUGAUGGGUUUACCACCCAAAGUUGCUUGUGUUUGGUUUGGACCCAAGGAAGUUUCGAUAGCCUGCGGUGUUGGCAUAGUGGGCUUACAAUUAGGUAUGGCUAUUGGGUCUGCCCUACCAACGUAUUUAGUGCCAGAUACAUUGAAUAACGAGCAAGUUGCAGCUGGCUUCCUCAAAAUGUUCACAUUAGAUAAUGUGGCUUCAGUUCUCAUUUUCAUUAUCGUUUUAUUAUUUUUCAGAUCAGAGCCUGAGUUUCCACCAAGCCUUUCACAAGCAGCAAAACACGAGGAAGAGACAAAAACAGUUGAUAAAGAAAUGCUGGGAAAAUAUUUCAAAAAUAAGGAUUUCUUGUUGAUCCUCUAUUGUUUUGGUACAGCAUGGGGCUUGUGGAAUUCCAUUGGUUUUACAAUAAAUGAAGUGUUUCUUCAUUACAUCCCGAACGUUGGAAAUAUCAUUGGUCUUCUCUUGAUGGGAUCGAUCUUAGCCGGUGGUGUUUUUGGGUCAAUGAUAUUCGGAUUUGUACUUGACAAAACUCAUGAAUUCAAGAAAUUAACGCUAUUUUUGAUGACCAUGAAUUGUUUAUCGUGGUUCAUUUUCACUUUCUUCCUACAAAAAAGAUGCUUAGGCGCAUCGUGUGCCUUUUUUCUUAUAGCAGGGUUUUUUGGUGGAAGCCUCGCAGUGACAGCCUUCGAGUAUACGACAGAAGUUUUGUACCCCUUACCAGAAGCAUUAGGAACUACUAUCUUCAGUGUUUCGAUAUAUUUAUUUUCAAUAAUUUACACGCUCCUGUCAGAAUAUAUUUUCUUGAGAUUUGGAUUUUUGGCUGGUCAAAUAGCAAUAGGGAUUGGAUUUGGUACAACGGCUUUCGGAAGCAUUUUUAUAACUUCGAAGUAUAAAAGGAGAGAAGCAAAUAUAUCAGGUUCACUCUAUGAGACAAGAGAAAUUAUGGAGUGAUCAUUUUUGUAAAUAGAAUAAAUAGAAUGCAGUAUA